AUGACCAAGAUCACACUCUCCCUAACGCUCGUUUCAGCCCUGCUGGCAGGCAGCGUCACCGCCCAGCUGACUACCAGCCCCAGCAGUGCAAACGGACCCGACCCUCGAGCCACGACCGACCUGAACCGCAACCAGCCAACCAAAUCGUGGACCCAGUGGCAGCCCAAGGCGACGUACGCCUACUCGCAGCUUCCCGAUCAGUACAUGGGAGCGAACCGCAUCGAGUCGGGCGAAGGUGGCACUCCCGGUGGCGAGCCUCAGUCGGGCUACAACACGUGCGCGCGUAACACGUGGAACCAGGACUCGAAGUGUCAGACGGCAUGGAUCAACUCGUUGGAGGACUUCUGUCUCUGGGGUCCUGCUGAGUACGGCACUGUUGGCGAGAAGGAGAGAUCGGGCGUGGCCUACUGUACCACCGACCGACACGGCACGCGUCUGAUUCCAGAUGGAACGAUCACGGGCGCUCACUUUGUCAGGACGCGCGACUACGUGCAGGUGACAGGUGUGGGUGAUUUCACCAGCAUCCUCAUCCCCGAGGGCGACGCGGGCGGAGAAUUCGACCCGCACGGCGCUGAUGAUCUUGGUAACCCCAUCGGAGGCAUCGUCUACACCACCGCCAACCCGGCAUCCAAUGGCGAGCCCUGGUUCGUCAGCGAGUGGACCAACUUUAUGUCGUACAAUCAGUUCUGCUUGCGUGCCUGCUGGGGCUCACGUGCAGCAGCCCAGUGCGAGCACAUCUACGACGUCAUGGGAUGCAGGUGGAACAUCCCCGCCAACUACGAUCCCGGUGUAUUCGAGACAUGCGAAGGCGACGUGGGUCAGCUCCAAGGCAUCUACGGCAGCUCGACGUUCCGCCAGGGUGAUGCCGUGACUCCGUCGGCUCAUCCCGCCCCUUCGAGCAGUCAAUGCUCCUCCGCUAGGACCAUCAGCCAUGGUCUGCUUGCGGUCUCGCAGUCGCAAAGCACCUCGGCACCGUCGUCGUCAUCCGAAGCAUCGAGCCAGGCUACUGCUUCCUCGGCUAGCAACUCGGAGGGAUCCACCAUGACCAGGGUCUCGUCCGGAACUGCUGCUACCGGCGCUGGAUCGUCCUCUGGCUCUGGCAGCUCGGGCUCUGGUAGCUCGGACACGGGAAGCUCCGGCUCGGGCACUUCCUCCGACACGCAGAACAGCUCCCCUUCCGGUGCAAGCAGCCUUACUACUUCUGCUGCUCUUGCAGGCUUCUUCGCCAUCGGCGCUGCCGUGUUUGCCCUCUGA